AAAACAAACUACUAGAAAAAUAUAGACUUAGCGAGGACUUAUAUUGGUGGUGUGUACAGUGCAGAAAUUUCGUCCAUAAACGCUGCAGACUACACCCACUAUAUAGUUAUGCUUCAAAAGUUUGGUGUCACUCUGGGAAAACCAACUGAGUUGUAGUAACAAGCUUAAAGGCUACAUAAAUGGAAGAUAAAGCUGCGAUAAAAGAAUUGCUGGAAGACGAGGAAAACCCAUAUGAUAAUACUAUGGGAUCUACUCUUCUAAGCUUGAGCCUGAAUAACUCAGGGCAACCCCUUAACCAAAUGGGGAUGCUGCGAAUCAAGCUUGAGGAAGCAAAGAAAGAGAAUGAGAUUUUGAAGGCUAUGCUGAAUCAGGUUAAUCAACACUGCACUGCUCUUCAGAAUCGCAUACUUUUUGAGAUGCAGCAGCAUCAACUAUGUUCAUCAUCACCUCGCAAUGAUAAUAAUAAUCAUGACUUGCAGGGAAACAAACAAGAUGCGGAGAAAUUACCAAUGCUACACACCCGGCAGUUUUUGAAUAUGGGCGAGUCUUCAUCAAUUUUAGACGGCAACACAAAAGCAUGUGCAAUAGCAGAAAACGCUGAAAAGAAAAUGUUAGGCAAAAACCUUGCAUGUGAUGAUAAUAAGUACAAUGUUGAAGGUGAAAUCAACAGUCAAAUAACAUCGCAUGAAGCAAAAAGCACAGAAGAUCAAGUAUCUGAGGUUACUUGCAGGAGAGCUAGAGUGUCCAUAAGAGCAAGAUCAGAUUUUUCUUCGAUGUUUGAUGGGUGUCAAUGGAGAAAGUACGGACAAAAGACAGCGAAAGGCAACCCUUGUCCUCGAGCCUACUACCGUUGUAGCAUGGGAACUGCAUGUCCGGUUCGUAAGCAGGUGCAAAGGUGUUUCAAGGAUGAGACUGUUCUCAUCACAACCUAUGAAGGGAACCACAACCAUCCCCUCCCACCAGCAGCAAGACCUUUGGCAAGCUCAACAUCAGCCGCAUUGAACAUGUUCCUUUCUGGCUCAAUCACAAGCUCACAUUCCAGCACCAUUCUACCUAACUCACCCCUAUCCACUAUUUCCCCAAGUACUGCUGUGGCCACUUUCUCCCAAAAUGCAACAUGCCCCACAGUAACACUGGACUUAACCCAGCCAAAUAACAACAACUAUCUCCAAUUCCAAAGUGCCACCACUUCUUCACAAGACCAUACACAAUCAUUUUUCCCUCUGCCAUUGCAUGGAAACCCUCAAAAUUAUUCUGAGGGGUUGAUGCACUUGUGGUCUAAGGUUCCAAUUCCAACCAUGUUAGCCCCAGAGAAAAACCUUGCCCUGGUGGAUGUUGUCAGUGAGGCCAUAAACAAAGAUCCUUCUCUCAAGGCAGCAUUGUUUUCAGCCAUUUCCUCACUCACUGGAGAUCCUGAUCAGAAGGACAACAUCAAUAACAUAAGCCAAUUACAUAGUAAGAGUAGUGGUGGUUAUGACCCUUGUUCUAAGAUGCCUGCAAUACCACCUAUUCAGCCUUACACUAAGUUGAUUUAGAGUUGACAUUUAAUAUUGUUGUCAAAUUAAAUAAUCUAAUGGCAAAUGUGGCUUGCUUGCCAGAAGAAGAGGUGAGCAUAUAUAUAUAUGUGUGUCUGAGAGGUAAAGUUUUAUAAGAAGUCUACGGUCACUCCAAGGAAGACUUCCUUCUUAAUACACUGGUUUUCGUUAGUCUUACUUUGUAAAAUAAGUUAAUGAACAUAUUAAAGUUUUGGCUUUUGGUCUUGUAUUUAAAUAUACAGUAAGCCUAAGAGUAAUAAUUUCUUUUU